AUGGCGAGGGUCGACGUGGAGGACGAGAGCAUUCUGGCGUCCGUCUUCCACGACUGUUUCCCGGCGGACAGUUGGAGGGACAAAGCGGACAUGACGGCCUACUUGUCGGAGCUCAGCUCGUUCGGCGUGGACCAGCUGGGACGCGAGCAGGAGCGCUUGGCGGAGGAGCGAGCGCAGAUCCUUGAGCAGACCCGACACUUGGCCUUCUCAAACUACCACACGUUCAUCCGCACCGCCGACUGCACGGAGCAUAUCUACCGAGACUUUGGCCGCGUCGAGGCCGGAGUGUCGCGGCUGCUCGACAAGCUGCCCGCCCUUGGACAGAGAUGCCGGAGCUUCGCGAAGGAGGCGGAGCAGAUGUCGGCGAGCCGUCGCAUGAACACGCUGACGCUGAAGCGCCACACGGAGAUCUUGGAGAUCCUGGAGAUCCCGCAGCUGAUGGACACGUGCGUACGCAACGCGUACUACGACCAAGCACUGGAGCUGGCCGCGUACGUCCGCAGGCUGGACAAGAAACACGCCGCGCUUCCUGUCAUACAGGGCCUGGUGUGCGAAGUUCGUCAGAGCGCUCAGCUGAUGCUGCUCCAGCUCCUGCAGCAGCUGCGCAGCGACGCCCAGCUGUCGUCGUGCUUGCGCGCCGUCGGCUACCUGCGGCGGAUGGACGCGUUCGGUGAGGCCGAGCUGCGCGUCAAGUUCCUGCAGGCCCGCGGCGCCUGGCUGCGCUCCGUGCUGGACGCCGUACCCGACGCCGAACCGUACGCGCACAUUAGCAAGAGCGCCGAGGCGUGCCGCGUGCACCUCUUCGACGUCAUCACGCAGUACCGCGCCAUCUUCUCGGACCAGCGCGACCAGCAGGCGCUGCGGCAGGCCGACAUCCUCCACGGCUGGGUGCUCACCAAGGUGUGCGACUUGGUGGAGGUGCUGGAGCGCGACCUGCAGCGCGGGGCGGGCGGGCGGCUGGACUCGCUGGUGGCUCAGUGCAUGUACUUGGGCCUUUCCUUCAGCCGCGUGGGCGCGGACCUCCGGGGCCUUUUGGCGGCCGCGUUCCGGCGGGCGGCGGCCGAGGCGUUCGGGAGCGCGGCGCGGGAGGCGGCGGCGAGCUUCGCUGAAGACAUGAGCGCGUACGCCCCGGUGGCCAUGCCCUCCGUGCCGGGGGCCGCCUUCUCCUCCGCCGGCGCGGACCAACCCGGAACGAUGACUCCGCCCGCCAGCCUCCUGGACUUCCCGCCGCUGGCCCGCUUCCUCAACCGCAUCCUGGUGGCCUUCAACGACCUGCGCCUCUGCUGCCCCCUAGCGCUCGCCCAGUGCGUCACCGCAGACGUGCACUCCGCCCUUUGCGACGUGACGAGUGAGCUGUUGGCGUUCCACCACGCUGAGGAUUCGGCGUUCAGCGAUGCCGAACGACAACUGUUCGCGCGCAUGUGCUGCGUCUACGCCCGAGACCUCCUGCCUUUCCUGGACCGGUGCCUGCAGAUCCUCUUUCCUGCCCAGCAGAUGGCGCUCGUACUCGGUGUUCCAGCCUCUCACAUGCACAGCGGUGAGCGUUUGGGUCGCGUGGGUGCUGAGCAGCUGCUUGAGCCGCUCAGGUUUUUGUUGCCCGAGGACGAGGGAGCUCCGUCGGACGCCGGCACGGCACUGAGUGGCGUCGCUUCGGACGCCGAAGUGGCGCUGAGCGGCGUCAAACCGACUUCGGCGCUGCCGCAAAGCGCCGCCCUUUCCCGUGACGUGGCCGCAGAGUCCCGCUCCGGAGACACGGAGGGAACGCCGCAAGCGACACGGCGCGAGUACCACGAAGACCACCAAGAGAUGGCGAAGGUGUUGUCAUGACAACCGGAACCCUGAGUGAGCGUGCGAAAACGUUUGGCGUCGAGGAAGGAAUUACUCUUCUCAUCAUUGGUCCAUUCCAAGGAGAGGGAGGAAGUUUCACGUUUGAUUAAAUUUUUAUAACUGCAAAGCAAAUCGAAUGAGGGAUGAAAAGGGUGAAAUAUUGUGGAGAAGGGAGCUGAUUCCAUCUGUGGAGAAGGGAGCUGAUUCCUGAUUGGCUGCUGUGUCUCAUGGACAAUAAUUCAACAUGAAAUAUGACCUUAUCGGAUGUGCCCAAAUCAUUUGGAACUAAUUGGAACUUCCCCAAAAAAUGGAUAACAUAGUUAUAUUGUGGCUGUCAUAAUUUUCUUUUUUUUUUUCUUGUCUGUGGCUCUGCAGAUGUUGGAGGAUGUAAAAAAAAACAAAAAAAAAAACAAAAAAAAAAUCCUGCUGUGAGAAGGUGGUUACACCUCACGUUCUCCAGCCACGGCAGAAAUUCGUCUUGCGUCACAAUAACUUCACUGGCGUCCCGUUAUUAUAUCCCGAUCGCUGUCAGCUGGUGAACCUUCCCCAUAAAUAUUGAACAUAUCAAUUAUUGUUUUGAGCUGAGUUUUAAUUUUUUGCAAAUUCAUAGAAACAAAG